GAAGACCCCGAAACGGGGCCCAUAUGUCGUACUCGGGUGUCCGCUUAAGCGCAUACCCCUUAACGACUAAAAACCUCCUCUAUGCUGUCAGCCCCGACGGCUUUUACAGCGGCAUAGGACGUGAGACGUAGAGGCCAUAAAGACUUCGUAACACCAGUCGCAGGGCGUCUCAGACUCUAACCUCGGACCGACUGUGUGCUUGUGGGAAGGAGAAAAGAUUAUGAUGCAGAUGAAAUGAAAUGAUGAUGAAAUGGUUUACUCUUUAAGUAGUGCUAGCUAUGACCGAAGGCAAACAGGUCGGACCAAUAGUAAUUAUUCCACAAGGUGAAUUAAAAGGGGGUGUCGCAAUAACUGAAAAUGGUAUACAAUAUAAUGAAUUUAUUGACAUUCCCUAUGCAAAACCACCAGUGGGUGAACUGAGAUUUGGGGCUCCUGAACCGCCAUUACCAUGGGAAGGACUUCGAGACGCCACUAAAUUUAAUCCAGAUCACAUCUCCAUUCAGUAUCACUAUAAAGGCUACAUUAUUGGAUCUGAGGACUGUCUUUACUUAAAUGUGUACACACCAAAGUUACCUACAAAUAACACAGAAUUAUUACCUGUUAUUUUCUAUAUUCAUGGCGGAGGAUUCAAUGAAGGCUGUGGAAUCGAUAAAUAUGACCUAGGUCCAGAUUAUUUAUUAGAAAAGAAUGUCGUCAUAGUUUCAACCAAUUACAGACUUGGUUUCUUUGGUUUUCUGUCGCUAGACAUUCCUGAAGCUGCCGGUAAUAUGGGAAUAAAAGAUCAAAUAAUGGCAUUGAAAUGGGUUAGUAAUAAUAUAGAAUAUUUUGGAGGUGACAAAAAUAAUGUCACUCUUCUCGGUUUGAGUGCGGGUGCAGUUUUCGUUGAUUAUAUUCGACUGGCACCGUCUGCAAAAAACCUUUUCCAUAAAGCUAUUCUCCAAUCUGGAAACAGUCUUAAUCAUUGGGGCAAAGAUACAGGAACUAAGAAUCUAUUAACCAGUAUUCUGGAUGCAUUAGGGUACAAUGGUUUCCUUGAUGAUAGUUUAGCUAUCUAUAAAUUUCUUAAAAACGCAUCAGCUCCAUCUCUUGUCAAAACCUGUAAGAAGUUCUACAAAAACCUGGUUCCAGAAAGACUAUAUUUUGGGUUUGUUCCAACAGUGGAAAAAGAUUUUGACGAUGUUAAUGCAGUAAUUGUUGAACGUCCUUAUAAAUUGUUUGUCGAAGGUAAAUAUCAUAAAGUACCCGUCAUACAAGGUUUUUGUGAUAAAGAAGGCUAUCUGACCCUUUUUUCAAGACCAGGUACUGUGAAUUCGAUAACGGAAGAUAAGACUUUUUUUAAACAUUGGCCUUACAAAUUAGAGGAAAAUGACACAAAAAGAUACAGUAUUGCUUUGGCAAAAGCAUAUUUGGAAAAUCAAGGUCUUGGCGAUGAUAGUGACAAACUUGGCAUCGAGUUUUUCAAUGAUUUCGACGUAAUAGCUGGAAUGUGGAUACAAUCCCAAAUCACUGCAUCACAUGGAACCCCUGUGUAUGUGUAUGAAUUUUCAUACGAUGGCAAUUUCAACUACUUAAAGAAUAAGUUCAAUAUAAAAAGAAUAGGAGCAGCUCAUGCAGAUGAAAUGGGCUACUUGUUUAGGAAUGAGUACAUAAAAGUUGGAGUAUCACAGGACUUUAAAAUAAGGAAUAUUAUUACUACUUUUUGGACGAAUUUUGCUAGCAAUGGUGACCCCAAUGGACUAAAUGUAACCCUGUGGCCCCGUUUCUCUCCAGAGCGUCCUGCUUACCUCAACAUAGACAAGCAAAUGGCCAUUAAAUUUAACUAUCAUCCUAAUAGAAUCGAAAUUUUUAAGGAAAUUUACGACAAGUAUGAAAAGUAGAAACUUUAGUUUUUAUAUAUCUGUAAAUAUAUUUUUAAAUGAAUAUAAAUGAAUACAUCUAA